UCCACACACACCUUGUUUCACGCCAGGCUUAUGCCAGGGAAGAUGGUGUCUCUCACGGAGUUUCAGAAGAUCGGCGUCGGUCUUGUGGGCUUUGGCCUAUUUUUCAUCUUUUUUGGGGUGCUCUUGUACUUUGACUCAGUGCUGCUGGCCUUUGGAAACCUCCUGUUCCUUUCUGGCUUGGCCAUUAUCAUCGGACUGAGAAGGACUUUCAACUUCUUCUUCCAGAAGGAAAAGCUAAAGGGCACCAGUUUCUUCCUGGGAGGCAUUCUCAUUGUGCUCCUGAGACAGCCUCUUCUGGGCAUGUUGCUAGAGAUCUAUGGCUUCAUCACCCUCUUCAGGAAUUUUUUCCCAGUAGUCUUUGGAUUUCUGGGAGCUUUGGGAAAUAUUCCACUGCUGAGCAAGCUAUUCCAGAAACUAGGAGACACCAGCUCCUUGGUAUGACCUGGAAGAGUUUCCAACAGCUAGUGGAGAUAACGUCACCUGC